CUCGUGUGAGGCGAAUCUCUCGCCCAAGCUCAAGAUCAUUGGUCUCGUCGCGUGGAGCGCUGAUACGGCAACUCGUACUGUUUGCAGCCAAUUACAUUGGUCUGCACAUCAGUUUGAAUCGACUCCUUUCCCCCGCCUUUCGCACUGAUCUUAGUUCUAGACGACAGGUCUCUGCUAUCAGCUUCACGACAAAAGCCAUUGUGAGCAAGGGCACGCUUGGUAGAAACGCGUGUUUAAAUGGUCUAAGAGCAUUACAUGAAUCGCGAAGAAAGAACUCGACAGCCAAGUUUCAAGUUCAAGACUCUUUCAUGUCCCCUCGCCUAUAAAUUUCUAUCCAAACUCAGAUGACGAGGUCUGUGCAGCAGCCGUCGAGGUGCUUGCUGGUACUCAAUUGAUAAGAUCGGAAACCCCUCAGGCUAGAAGCCGCUGCGCAAUACUUGGACUGGAUUCCAGCAGCGCGUUCGCGAAAGAGCAGUCGGCACUCAACAUCCCAUACUCUUGGAGCGACAUUGCAUUUUCCUGUUGGUCUUUUUUUACAUCGGCACCAAAGAUCGCGUGGUACUUUCACCAACUAUUCUUGGCCGGUGCCUUGAUCUUCUUCGCGUCAUCGAUUUGGAAUUUCUUGUAGGAAGCGUUUGCAAUGAGUGAACGGGGUCGUGGCAGGGGCCGUGGUUCAGACAGAGGCCGUGUCUCGGACAGAGGUCGCGGCUCAGAUAGGGGCGGUCCACGCGGAGGGGGCCACUUCGAGCGUGGUGGUGAUGCGCGAAGAGGCUCGGUAGACUGGGGUCGAGGCGAUCGUGGUGGCUUUCGUGGUGGCCGUGGAGGCGCUCAGGAUCGUGGUGGCUAUCGAGGAGGGAGAGGAGGAGGCCGUGGAGAUUAUGGAUCGGCCCUCAUGCAAAUGCCUCCCCGUAUAUAUCCAGCCAUAUACAGGAUGGGAGAGGAGGUCCCAGUGCCUGAUGAUUCCAUCACUGAAUUUGAGAAUGAUCUCAUCACCGACACUGCCAGCAAGUUAGGCAAGUUGUCGAUCUAUGAUGGCCUUCCCAGGCGAGUUGGCUUUGGUACUGCAGGUCGUCCUGUGAUCUUACGCACAAACUUUUUCGAUGUUCGUCUACUCAAGGAGCGCGCCAUCGUUUUUCGCUACUCGAUUGCUUUUGAUAAGGAGGAUGGACUGAGCCGAACAAAAAAGCGGCGCUACAUUGAGCUUUUGCUCAAGCAAGCGCCCUUCUCCAAAGUUGUUCACUACAGCGACCUGGCCGCCAAUGUUUUCACAACCGCAAAACUUAAACUGCCCCAAAAAGAACGCGGAGAGUUCAAAGUCAUCAUCUACGAACGCUUGGAGGCUCCGUAUCCAGCCGAAAAACCCGACGAGGCAGCGCACAUUGCGGCCGCCCGAGUACGAAAAACCAGGAGAAUCAAAGUGGAAUAUACAACUUCCUACGACUUGAACGAUCUUUUCAAGUACGUUUCAGGUUCGGCGACCGGCGCAUAUGCCGCGAAAGGUGAUGUAGUCCAGGCGAUGAACAUCAUUUUUAACCAUGCUGCAGGAGUUCACCAACGUGUUGCUGCUCAACCCAACAAUAAGUUUUAUCCUCUAGGGGAUCACCCAGUUCUCGGAAUCCCAAAUCAUCAAAAUUAUGAGAGCUGGGUACUUGGGGAGGGCUUGGUUGCGAUUCGUGGCUACUAUUCGUCUGUACGACUCGGUCCAAAGCGUGUACUAGUCAACGUGAACGUGGCUACAGGCACUUUCUACGAGCCCAUUCCCUUGGACGAGUUGAUGGUCAAGUUUAUGGGGGGUCGCCGCUUCAGCAAUGAACAUCAUGCGAGGCUCUGUGCGCACUUCAUCAAGCGUCUCAAGGUUGCUACCCGUUAUAUCAAAGAGAAGGACGAGAAGGGCAUUGAGCGACAAGUGAUCCGUGUACGUACAGUUGCGGGGUUUGUGAGAAAUCCAUACGCUCAAAAUUGUCAAAGCACUCGAUUUGAAUACACGGAGGACGGAAAUACUGUUAACGUGAGCGUUGCAGAGUAUUUUGCUCGGAAGCAUGGCAUACAACUUAGACGCCCAGAUCUUCCGGUCAUUAAUUGCGGUACAGAGAAAGAUCCGAUGCUUAUUCCGCCGGAGCUCUGCUUUGUCAUAGCAGGACAGCCUGCGAAAGGAAUUCUCUCCGCCAACCAAACAAAGACCAUGAUAGGCUUCGCUGCUCGCCCACCUAAUGCGAAUGCCAAAUCUAUAGAGUCGUCUGGCCUUCAGACAAUGCAAAUUGCUGGUAACCUGCAAUCGAGCACAAUCGGAAAUGCUGGAAUAAAGAUAAACGUCAACAUGCUCACGGUCCCUGGCCGAAUCCUUCAGCCAGCUUCCAUCAAGUUCCGGAAAGCCAUAAACCCACGAGACGGUAGUUGGAACUUGGCAGGCCAGCAGUUCUUUAAAUCUUCGGCAUUAAAUGGGGGCUUCACUGGGCUCCAAAUACGCCUCAGGAAUCAUGGAGUCAAUACAAUCAAAUUCGAGGACACACUACAAACAAUCACCAAGGAGUUGCAAAAGUAUGGUGUUACCGUGUCGAAUUACAUCGCCCCUACUAAUCCAGUAUCUUUUGACAAUAUCGAUCGUGACAGCUUCACAUACAUUAUGCAGUCGCUGGAUGCCAAGUUUGUAGCCGCGAAGCAGGAUAAAGGUAUUCGUUGGAUUCUGGUCUCGAUUCCGGAGAAAAAUGCCAUUCUCUAUGCCAUUGUCAAAUUUCUGGGCGACUACAAGCACGGGAUCAACACUCUUCUUGUUCAAGAAUCCAAUCUUGCCAAGAUUGGACGCGGUGAUCUUAUGCUGGUUGCGAAUCUUGCGCUAAAGUUUUCGAUUAAGUCUGGUGGCCAACCUUGGUCUCUCGAUGCAAACGAAAUGCCGAUAAUCACCAAAAAAACCAUGGUCAUUGGCCUUGACGUCACUCAUCCGUCUCCUAUGAGCAAAAAAUCGGCGCCUAGCAUCGCCGCUAUUGCAUGGGCAAAAGAUCCAGCUCUGUCUGCGUGGUUCGCUGAUGGCUGCACCCAGACCUCACGUAAGGAGAUGAUCGAAGUCUUGCCAAGUCUUUUGAUUGCUGCUAUCGAGUCAUGGCAGAAGCAUAACGGAGGUCAACGCCCAGCCGACGUCAUAGUCUUCCGUGACGGUGUCUCUGAAGGACAGUAUCAGCAGGUGCUGCAGGUUGAGUUCAGGCUUAUGCAGCAAGCGUUUGAUCAAAUAUAUGGUGCUGGAAAGCACCCGAAGGUUUCCAUCAUUGUAUGCAGCAAACGCCACCACACGCGUUUCUACCCUACCAAGGUUGAAGAUUCAGAUGUACGCAACGAUAGAGGAUCUCACAAUCCAGCUCCUGGUUUGGUAGUUGAUCGUCAUAUCACUGGUUUUGGGGAAAACGCCUUUGAUUUGUAUCUACAGCCACACAAGGCGCUGCAGGGCACGGCAAAGCCUUGUCACUACAUCGUGAUCAAAAAUGAGACUGGCAUGAAAGCUGCUGACCUCGAACGAUCAAUCCACACUAUGUGCUACGGAUUCUACCGCGCCACGAAAGCCGUUUCACUUUGUCCACCCGCGUACUGUGCAGACAAGGCGGCUGAGCGCUUUCGAGCGUUUCUUUACCAGGAUAUGAACGACGACUUGAGCAGCGUGUCAAGUUUCUCUAGUACUGGUGCUUCGUGGAGCCGGGGGGUCCACCAAGACCUCGCAGAGUCCAUGUUUUAUCUCUAGACGUCGAUUCUGGCCUCCUAAGCCGCGAAUAUCGCCUUGUUUUU